AUGGAGGAAGAAAACGGGUUUCAGAUAUAUAACGAAGGUGCUGCUCCUGAGCGCGCAGUUCAAGCCCUGGUCACACAAAAUGAGCUACCUCCGCCAACCCAAAUGCGUCAAGCCAUGAUAGUCGGAGCAGGCUUCAUAGUCAUGUUCAUGGCAUCUGCAAUCAUCUUCGCCUACGGUGUAUACCAAGUUAUCUAUGAAGAAAUGGCCAAACAACCUCGAACGCCAUUUACAGGGACAUCAUCGUCAAUUAUCAGCUUGAUUGGAACGCUUUCCAUAACCGUCAUGUCCAUGGGCGGGCCUUUCGCCAUGACCUGGGCCAAGUUAUACGGUCCACAACCAGUCAUCAUGUCGGGCGGUAUUGUAUUCGGACUAAAUUGCAUCCUCGCCAGUCUAAGCGAAUAUGUCUGGCAAUUCGCCCUGACACAAGGCGUGCUUGUCGGUAUGGGCACCUCAUGUGGCGGAAUGAUCUGGCCACCCGUCCUGCGGGCUAUAAGCUCUCAUAUUGGAUUCCGGAAUGCGCUGCGUAUCUCUGGUUGCCUUGUUAUUCCUCUGGCCGGCUUUACUUUGCGUUGGGAGCCCAACUUCAACACCAAGGUUCGAGGACAGACGGCUGGAAUUUCCAGGAAGACUGGCUGGGUCAAUGUUCCACUGGUCAAUUGGCGGGUAGCUCAGUCCAAGACGUUUGUCUUGCAGGCUCUAGGUUGCUUCCUACAGUCAUCUGGAUAUGCCACGCCACCUUUCUUCUACGCGGCCUUCGCGCGAUCCCUUGGGUAUAGUGAGAGCAUGGUGGACAACUUCAUUACUAUCAGCAAUGCGGCUAAUUUUGUUUCUCAUAUCGUCAUUGGAUACAUGGCUGACAAGUACGGUCGGUUGAAUGUUCUCUUCUUGACAACUAGUCUGAGCUCGAUUGCUGUCUUUGCGGUCUGGCUUCCUGCCACUUACGCGAAUACCGCUAUCUCUGGAACAGCCGCAGAUGUGCUGUUAAUUCUGUUUGCUAUACUAUAUGGCUGCUUUGGCAGCGCAUAUAUCUCGCUUUUCCCAGCUAGUCUGAUUGAGUUGUUCGGCGUGCAAUAUUUUACAUCAGUGAACGGAGCGUUGUAUCUCAUUCGAGGAGUGGGUGCAUUGCUCGGAACACCUUUGACUGGACUAUUGUUACCUGGACAGUCUGCAUAG